ACUCAUCAGGAGGCAACCUCGCACCUUCACAGUAAUUAAGCUACAUGAUAAACAAGUCCUCUGUACCACAACACGAGGAAAAAAUAACUACCAAAAACAUGAAACACCUUUUCUUUCUCAAACUCCUUGAAUUAAAACACCUCAAUGAGUUACGACUUCCAAAUUUAAAAAUAAAAAUAAAAAAUAAACCCACUACUUCAAACCUCCCCCUGACCCUCUCAGAACCAAAUGGAGGCCAUUACCUCAACACCUUCCCACUGAAAGAAAGAAGAAAAGCUCUGAUCUCACCUGAAGCUUGCGAUCGGCGAUGGCAACUGACAGAAAACAGCACAAGAGGAAUUGGUGCCUUUUAGCUUUGGUUGUUCUUCUAUGGAGUCCGCUGACAUCUUCAGCUCUUGAAACGUUUAGUAGCAUCACUGCCCGUGAGGAGAUCGCUGACGAAAACUUGCGAAACAUCCUUACGUCUCGCCUUCGUUCCUUCUUCGAUCCUGGAGAGUCUGCCAGCACUCGAGUUUGGCCAGAUAUGGAGUUUGGAUGGAGAGUUGUGCUUGGUUCUGUCAUCGGAUUCCUUGGUGCUGCUUUGGGAAGCAUUGGAGGGGUCGGUGGUGGUGGAAUCUUUGUUCCUAUGCUCACUUUGAUCAUCGGCUUUGAUCCUAAGACCUCAACAGCCAUCUCCAAAUGUAUGAUAAUGGGCGCUGCAGGAUCAACAGUUUACUACAAUUUGAGGCUGAGACAUCCAUCGCUCGACCUGCCAAUUAUUGAUUAUGAUCUUGCACUGUUAUUUCAACCUAUGCUUAUGUUAGGGAUCAGCAUCGGAGUUGCCUUCAAUGUUAUUUUUCCGGCUUGGAUGGUCACGGUCUUGCUCAUUAUCCUCUUCCUAGGUACAUCAACCAAAGCCCUCUUCAAAGGUAUAGAAACGUGGAAGAAAGAGUCCAUAAUGAAAAAGGAAGCUGCUAGGCUGAUGGCAUCGUCAGCUAUGAACGAGAGCCCAGAGCUAGAAUAUAAGCCAAUUCCGAGUGGUUCAACUGCCAAUAUGCAACUCAAGGCUUCAUCAGAUGAAGAGGUACCAGUCAAGGACAAUAUCUAUUGGAAAGAGCUGACAGUGCUCUUAUCCGUGUGGAUAGCUUUUCUUGCUGUUCAAGUAGUUAAGACUUACGCCACAAAUUGCUCCAUUGAGUAUUGGGUUCUAAAUGCCCUGCAGGUGCCUAUUGCGCUUGGUGUGACCAUUUAUGAAGCUUAUUGCCUUUGCAAAGGGAAAAGAGCUAUUGCAUCUAGAGGAAACCAAGAAGUGAACUGGAAAGUACACCAGCUUACUCUUUACUGUUGCUUUGGAGUAUUAGCUGGUAUCGUUGGAGGCUUGCUAGGCCUUGGAGGAGGUUUUAUCUUGGGUCCAUUGUUCCUUGAAAUGGGUGUUCCUCCUCAGGUUGCAAGCGCAACAUCAACAUUUGCAAUGACAUUCUCAUCAUCCAUGUCAGUGAUACAGUAUUACCUUUUAGACCGCUUCCCUGUUCCAUAUGCUAGUUACUUUGUAUUUCUAGCUACAGUUGCUGCCUUCACUGGCCAGCACAUUGUGAGGAGGUUGAUAGUUUUACUAGGCCGAGCAUCACUGAUCAUCUUCAUUCUGGCCUUGACCAUCUUCGUCAGUGCAAUCAGUUUAGGUGGCGUUGGUAUCGCAAACAUGGUAGAGAAGCUGGAGAGGAAGGAAUAUAUGGGAUUCGAGAAUCUCUGCUACCACUCUUAGUACACGCCAUCACUAAUAGAUAAUUGGACUUAUGUGAUAAUCAGUGGAAAAUAGUGAAGUUUUUUGUAAGUUACGGAGCUUCAGUUUUGUAGAAAUGGCAGCUGAGUGUUGAAACUUCUCAUCUUUUGUCAAAGAGGAUGGUAGAAGGUAUUUAUGUACAGAGCUAUACUCUAUUUACUAUCGCAUGGUAAGUGCAAUCGUGUCUUAUGAAACUAUGAGUGACUAGGAUGUGGGAAGGAUACAGGAAGAAUAACAACACUUUAUAUAUUCCAGAAUUAUUGGUUAAAAAAACAUCUGCUUUUUGUUUCCCCACGUAAUCUCUUUGAUGAUGUAAGAUAACUGCAUCCCUCUGCAUAGGAGUCUGCUAUAUUUCUUUACUAAACACAGUGAUUCAUCUCUUCUACAAGUACCUUUUAUAUGUCAGUCAGAAAUAUAUCCAUCCAGAUGAAGGUUAUCCCUGACUUUUAGCUAAGUUUCCAAUGUUAAC